UCAUGUCAACGGCAUGUGUACCAAGAACCGGGACCGAGCCAGAGCCAGGACGGCAGAUCGCAUAAGUGAAGAAAUGGACAGACGGCAGUGACUAAUAGUCCCCGAAGCUGAGGUUUUGUGGGCACUCAACAUCGACGAAGGCUUACGACUGAAGCAGAAUUCUUGGCGGAGGGGAUUGCAGCUUCUGUCUUCGCGUGCUUCGAUCCAGCUAAGAUGAUCGACGACCAGGACCUGGGAUUUUUCGCCAAUUUUUUGGGAAUCUGCAUUUUCGUUCUAGUGGUGGCCUAUCACUACGUGGUAGCUGACCCUAAGUUCGAUACUCAAUGAUGAGUGGUCUCUACAUUGGGUGAAUGAACAUCCCUCUCAAAGGCGCAUUCUGAAAUGCUCGCAAGACGAUAGAAGGCAUUUGUUGCGUCAAGCAGCAAUAUCUUGAUGGCUCAAGUGUCUUCACCUUCAUGUGAUCUGGGUGCAUGCACACGGAUUCUGCCACCCUUAGUCGGAACUAGUGGCGAAUGCAAGAGUUUGUGAUGCAGGCUGUUUGGCCAGUGGAAGACUCUGGAUGAUGUCCGUAAAAUUCAUGCUACUUCUGUAUCAGGUAUCACAGAUUUUGAGCGUCACACCCUCUUUAAGAAAUAUGUGCCUACAUUUUUUCUGGGCAUCAUAAAUUGAACGGAUCUAUCACUUUCAUCACUUC